AUGAGAUCAAGAAACGACAAAUCUCAGCUCAAACAAGGAUUAAGUUCAAAUAGUAUUUUCCCUCUUUCUAUAAGAAAAGAUGCAGAAACUCCUGACGGUUUUCGGAGAUAUUUUCAAUCGCUUCAUAACAGUCAGAAAUCUGUGAAAUCUCCUACAUCAGCAUUGUCUCCUUGUAGACUUAAUCACAAAUAUCUAAGAUCUCAAUACCAUUUAAAAGACCGUAAUAUUGCAGACAAGUUACUGAAUCAAAUUCUGCGCUUAUACUCUCAAACCAUGCAGAAAACGCCUCAGGCAGAAAACCUCCAUACGUUUUUAAAUACUAAAUCCCAGCCUAGCUAUUCUCUCUCAUGCUCUCCCUUACCUAAAAUGAAAAAACGAGAGCAGAUCCAGCAGUUUAACGUCUUAAAAGCUUCAAGCCCAGAUAACUUGACCAGCAAAUUGAAUAUCCAGUCAUCAUUAAAGAAAUUACGCCAUAAAAAAAUGAGCUCUGCUAUUUUAAGAUGCAUGAAAAUUGAAAAAAUUGAAAAAAACGAAAAAUCAGAAAGUGUAAUUGGAUCUCCUUGCAAAUCCCCUCUUAACUACAGAAUUUGUGAGAUGCAGAAGAAAUCGUCCACUUCAUUACGAAGAACAGUUGAGAUGACAACCUCAACCUCACAUCUUGAUUAA